UGGAGGCGUGUCUGCGGGUAUAAGAACGAAGGGGGCGGCGGCAGGCCGGCUCACUCAGUGCCGCUGCCUGGGGGCUGCAGUGACCGCGCCGCGCCAGCUGAGGCUGCCCACGCCAAAGACCUGCCGCUGUCGUCUCCUUUUCCGCCACCCAGUGUCCCUGGCAAGAACAUCCGCCAAGAUGGCAGAGGAGCGAAGCGGUACCAGGGACUGCAUGUCCUUCAGCGUGCUCAACUGGGAUCAGGUCAGCCGGCUGCACGACGUCCUGACCGACGUCGUCCCCAUCCACGGGCGAGGCAACUUUCCAACCUUGGAGAUAACCCUGAAGGACAUCGUCCAGACCGUCCGCAGCCGGCUGGAGGAGGCAGGCAUCAACGUGCAGGACGUCCGGCUGAAUGGCUCGGCCGCCGGCCACGUCUUGGUUAAAGACAACGGCUUGGGUUGCAAAGACCUGGAUCUGAUCUUUCACGUGGCUCUUCCCACAGAGGUAGAAUUUCAACUGGUCAGAGAUGUGGUUCUGUGCUCCCUCCUGAACUUCCUGCCGGAGGGGGUGAGCAAGCUGAAAAUCAGCCCGGUCACUCUGAAGGAGGCCUACGUGCAGAAGCUGGUGAAGGUCUGCACGGACACUGACCGCUGGAGCCUGAUCUCCCUCUCCAACAAGAACGGGAGGAACGUGGAGCUGAAGUUUGUCGACUCCAUCCGGCGUCAGUUUGAGUUCAGCGUGGACUCUUUUCAGAUCAUCCUGGACUCGCUGCUCUUUUUCUAUGACUGCUCCAGCAGCCCCAUCUCCGAGCACCUCCACCCCACAGUGAUCGGGGAGAGCGUGUACGGGGACUUCGAGGAAGCCUUCGACCACCUGCAGAACAGACUGAUCGCCACCAAGAACCCCGAAGAGAUUCGGGGCGGGGGGCUACUCAAGUACAGCAACCUCCUCGUGCGGGACUUCAGGCCCGCGGACCAGGAAGAAAUCAAAACUCUGGAGCGUUACAUGUGCUCCAGGUUCUUCAUCGACUUCCCGGACAUCCUCGAACAGCAGAGGAAGUUGGAGACCUACCUUCAGAACCACUUUGCCGAGGAAGAGAGGAGCAAGUACGAUUACCUCAUGAUUCUCCGCAGGGUGGUGAACGAGAGUACCGUGUGUCUGAUGGGGCACGAGCGGAGGCAGACCCUGAACCUUAUCUCCCUCCUGGCUUUGCGUGUGCUCGCAGAACAAAACAUCAUCCCCAGUGCCACCAACGUCACCUGUUACUACCAGCCAGCGCCGUACGUCAGUGACGGCAAUUUCAACAACUACUACGUGGCCCAACCCCCCGUCACCUACAGCCAGCCGUAUCCUACCUGGCUGCCCUGUAACUAACCUUGAGACCUGAGGGUUUCCUUCCACAGUGGGGACCCCACUAGGGCAAGGGCUCUCAGCUAGGGGAGCCUCCUUCUAGAUGUAGGUGUUGUGUGGCUUUUAAAGGGGGAACUCAGCUCUGAUUCUGCUUUUUUGUUUCUUUGUGCACCCAUUGGAAUGGGUCUACAGUAUAUCAUGAGCCAACCCUAAAGGGACCCAUUAGUCCUGUGCCCCUUGGGAAAAUGCUAUAGGAAGUAUGACCUACCCACAUCGUUCCAAGAUAGACACGAACAUGUCCCAAACAUCAGCCCACGGGGCUUUGAGCUCUGUGCAGGAGUUGAGGUUAGGGAAGCGCUCAGGCAGGGCGUGUGGAGUGACGCGCUUCUCGUCUUCCCUGGAGCCUGGAGUGGGCGCUGUUGGCCCCCACGUGGGAUUCUCCUCAGUUACGUGGAAGUUGUGCUGACAGUCUGUUUGCUCGCAUCCGUUUCAGUCAGGCAGAAAGUGGUCAGCGUGAGGUUGCUCCUGCAACUUAGCUUUUGUUCAAGGGACAACAUGGCUUAUGUUUGUUUAUUCCCUGUCAGCAGAGUCGAGGAUUUCUUUCAUCAGUAAACCAAAGCCAGUAGCUGGAGAAUUGAGGUCUGGUCGCAAGUGGUUUAUGGUGUAGAUGCUGUGCCAUCAUGAGAAAUUGUGUGAGCUAUUGCUGAGAAAACAUGCACACACACACAAAAAAAACAAAAAAGCAAAAACAAAAAAACAGACCUUUUCUUGAAAUGUAACUUGAAAAAAAAAUAAUAAAAUGUGGAACAUAAUGUUAAAAUAGAACUGUGGUGGGGUGGGGGUGGGGGUGAUUGUAAAUAGGAAACAUGAAUGUUCAAUUUUUUUUUUUUCCUUUAAGGAAUUCUUAUCGAAUGACACUUCUUUUUUCCUCUUCAGCUCAUCACUUUCGUUUUGUUCUUCCUAAGACUAAGGAUUGUGCUGAGUCUAGAGUCACGGCAGUGACUGACGUGUGAGGGUCUUCCCAUGUUUAAUUGGAAACCCAUUUGGUCACAUUCCAAGUAUGGCAAGCUCUUUUUCCUGGAGUACUUUGGCUGAUUUUUGUGUGUGUGUUUCUUUUUAUUUUUCCCCCAAAAGCAGCAGUUUUCUCCUCCAGGUUUUUUAUUUUUCAUUUUUCUUGACAGCCGAUGAAUUCAGGAAUUUCAGUAGAGCUGAGUGACCUGUGGAAUGAUCUGCGCUUCACAUGGCGUUAGAAUGGAACCUGCUGCCCCCGAGCUGUGUGUGAGGUAGAGGGUUAGCGUCCCUUCAGGCCUGUGUGGACAUCAGUGGUGCUGAGGCCCCUUGGAGUGAUAGAUUCCAGUGUAUUUAGGGAAGAAGUGAGUGAAUGGAGAGGAACCUUCCUUGUUCUGGUAGAUUUGACCAUACUUGUUUAUAUUCUGCACUUUAGAAGAAAAACAGUGUUACUCUCUAGUCUAAAGCAAGCGUAGUAAACAGGAGAGUCCUAGGCUGUCCCACUACAUUAAAUAAGGGAUUUUGUGUUUUGAAACUUUUUUGUGGAAUUUCUUAGAAAGCAUCACUUUAGGGUGUCAAGGGCAGAGAAACUCUAUAUUGCCAGCCAGCUUGGUUUCUGAAGUGGGAUUUAAUCAAACCCAUGCUCCCGAUUUUAAAUUUCUCCUGUGGCCAUAAACGCCCCAAGCCCUGAGUGAUUGCUUUCUCCUUGCUUUAAGCAAUGAAGGUGCCUUAAUGCAGAAAUGCUUCAUAGAGAACGAGUGGUUUACCUUUUUCUAAAGAUUGUAUUUCAGGUUUUAUCUACAGUGUGAUAGCUUGGUUCUCUUCAAACCAGAUGGGGCAUGACGGACCCCCAAGGCUUAGCUCGUACCCAGGUUGUGCUGUAAUAGGUAAACUGAAGCCACUUAGUGUGACUGGCUGCUGUCUCCCUGUGAGCCAGUGACAUUUGAGUUCAUUGGCUUUUGAGUCAAAGCCAGUUCCACAUGGGUGUGUGUGUGGGGGGGUGCUUCAGUGUUAAAGGGGGGCAAGGAAGAACAAUCCCAACUUUAAAAAUGAUGUGGUCUUCCACGACCUUGAAAGACUCCCGUGUGGUCCAAUGGCAACAUGUUUGCUCAAAAAUGACAGAUCUGUUGAACCAAAGCUUUGAAAUGUGAUGAAGCUGCCAACGAAAGCACUUGCUAACAGAAAUCAAGUCAGCAUUGCACCUACCAGAAGGCUUGGGGAUCAGGGUAAUAAAGCUCCCAAUGAAGAUAGGAUCAGAUCCGCAUCAAGUAAUUAAAUUUCCAGUUUGACCUUGGAGUUCUUUCUGCUUAUUUUUCCCCCUAUCUGGUAUUAGUUCUUCUUUGAGGAUGGAAGCACAGAAGUUGCUAGAAAUUCCCCCCUCCCCCCACGGUUCUUUAUCCCAUUGCCUGGUGGCCAGCUUGUUAGAAUCCCUGCUCUUUGCCUGAAGUGCUCGCUCAGCCCGGCUAUUUUGGAGUUGGAGAGUCGACGUGUGUUCUAGUACCACCAGGGUAAAAAGCUGCACUGAACCAAAGCUGCGCUUUUGAAACACCACCCUGGUCUAGUGGUGUCUCCACUUACUCCACAGACCUUUUGCCUGCCUCAGAAUAGACCAGGUAACCUUGAAUUUCAGGUGUCUGGAAAUUCUAACUGAAACCUGCCUUUCAUGCUGCUCACACAAGCACCAGGUUCUCUGUGAACUCGCAGUGAGUCUGGUGGUUCCUCUUUUCUGUGUGUUGAGUAACAUGAAACUUGGCAGUGGCCAAGGGCACUGACGUUCAAGUGCAAGUUCUAAUGUACAUUUAAGCAGUCUCCUGUGCUCCAGGGUUCUGAACAGUUUUCUGAUGCUUUCUGCAAGUAUGCAGCUUGUUAGCCAAGCCUGCUCCUCAGAAGCAGGUUGAGCAACAGUGAGAUUAAAGCAAGGACCCUUUCCCCUUGUGUUGGCAGAAGGGUACACACUGCAUUCCUGGCCCCGAGCUUCAGUCUCACCCUUAAAUCUUGCCUUGGCAGUAAGACACUAUUCCUCACUCAAUAACUAAACUCUGUCUCACUAACACCUUCAAAUCAGGGUUUUCUGCUGACUGCAGGUGGGUUGGGUGGCCCAGGAUGAGUGGGGUAGGAGUGACGCUGGGUUCCCGAUACGAAGUAACAAGUGUGGUUUGACGUUGAAGUUUUUUACCCCCCAGUUUGAUUUUUUCCCUGGGGAUUUGAGUUACAGCGAGCUGUGAAUAUGAGCCUGUGGG